AUCACAACUCCCUCUGUCUCUUCAGUUUCUUUUUCAAUUAAAACCAACAACGGAAUUAUUGGUAACUACAGUGUCAAUAGCAGUGUCCCUGUUGAUGUUAGUUUACCAACAUCACUUGUGACUAAUAAUGGCCUUUACUCCAGUCGUUUCAAAGGAGUAUAUAUUUACUCAACAAAUGGAGGAUUAAUCUCUGUACUAGUGGUUAAUGUGAGAACUUACAGUUUUGGAGACUAUAUGGCCUACCCACAUCAGAACUUGAACCUUUCAGAAUAUCAAUACUAUGCUGUAUCUACUGGGACACUUGUCAGUACUGCUUUGAGUGAAGUAUUAUUAGUUGGAAAUGAGGAUAACACAACUGUCACUGUCGUUCCUACUCAAAGUGUUUCAGUUCCUAUUGAUAUUCAGACAAAUAGUAACAAUAAAACAGUCACUGCUGGCUCAUCAUUCAAUUUUACCAUUCACAGAAUGCAAACAUUUCUUUUUGGUGCUCUAGGACAUGACAUCAGUGGAACCAGUAUUGUAUCUAACAAACCUCUGACAGUAAUCAGUGGUCAUGAGUGUAGCAAUGUUCCUCUUGUUCCUAGCUGUCAACAUAUUGCUGAGCAGAUACUUCCAACAGUAAUAUGGGGCAGAGAAUUCCUUUUGACUCCUUAUGCAACACGAUCGCAUGGCCCUUACUUUAAAGUUGUAGCAGCUUUAGGAGACACUUCUUUAAAUUUUACUUGUUCUGCUAGUGGAGGCAAUAACUUUUAUUUGCAAAAUGCAGGAGAUGUCACUACUUUUUAUUCUAGUUCCAGUUACUGCUCCAUUAUUUCUGAUAAACCAGUACUGGUAACACAGUUAGGACCAAGUCAAAGCUCAGGCAGUGGUAAUGGUGAUCCAGUUAUAUCACUUAUUCCUCCAAUAGAACUGCAUCAACAGAACAUAACAUUGGUCAUUCCUGGAUUUUCAUCAAUUACUAACAAUUAUAUUAACAUUGCCACAACUACAAAAGGUUCAUUGUACAUCAAUGGCCAGUUACAAUUGGUAACUUGGAACAAUAUAUAUAACAAUAUGAGCAGUAUUAUUGGAUAUGGAACACAAAUUCCAUUCAACACAAUCUCCACCUCAUCUUCUUAUACUAUUUCAAUGCAGACAGGUUUCACUGCACUAGUAUAUGGCUUUGGUAGCAGCCAUGGUUAUUCUUAUAGUGCUGGAAUAAAUCUAACAGGAAGUGAUCCUUGCUUGAGCAAUAAUGGUGGUUGUGACCAGCUUUGUACUAGUACUUUUGGGAGUUAUGCAUGUAGUUGCCAUCCUGGCUUUAGUUUGGAUCUCAAUGGAUAUAAUUGCUCAGAUAUUGAUGAAUGUGCUGACAGUGAUUGUGAACAUACUUGUAUGAAUACAAUUGGAAGUUAUUCAUGCUUGUGCAAUGAUGGUUACAGUUUAGAUACAAAUAAUAGAAACUGUUCAGAUAUAGACGAAUGCACUGACUACAAUGACUGUGAACAUAUUUGUGUCAAUACUAUUGGAAAUUAUUCUUGUUUGUGUCAUAAUGGAUACAAUUUGGAUGCAAAUAAUAGAAACUGUUCAGAACCUACAAGCUAUGCUACAGAAUUCAAAGUGGGAUUUCUAAGGCAGUUUAGCUCAAGUAGUAUUAUGAAAAUGUUGGUAUACACUAUGAGCCAAGAACCAGUUCAAUUUACAAUAUCAAGUGCCUCCUCAUAUGGUUUCAGUUAUACAGGAGCAACUAACAUCAGUUCACCAAAUUUAGUAAGCAUCCCAUCCAAUUUGCAAGUGAGAGAAACAAGUUAUAGCUAUCGUAAUGUUGGGCUUUAUGUGAAGUCAAUUUCUGAUGUACCUAUUUCUAUUGUUCUGAUUGGCCAUACCAAUGCACCUCGCUCUACAUAUCUUGCACUGCCAUGCAUUGA